UGUUCCCGGACGUCGUUAACCUAUGACAGCCUAGCUUGAUACCUAUGCCGCCCCAUCCAUUCCUAGGCAGCUAUCGGCUCCAUCCCGCAACUCCAAUUGUCCUUAUCAACACCGUUUCACACACUUCUCUUUAUAGACUGCUAUGGAGAUUCCGAAAAUCCGCUCGGCCCCUUCAGACCCGUUAGCGCCAUCCUUCUUGACGUUGCCAGCGGAGGUACGAAACAGCAUCAGUGAAUACGUGUUCGUGCUGCCAGAACCAAUACACAUCCAUAAUACCGACUUCUACUACGACCGAAAGUCUUAUGAGCCUUACAAAAUCUUCCCCGAUGACAGCUCAGAGGAUGACAGAGACAUGGAUUGGGGUCCUCGGACCAGGCACUUUGCUAACAGCAUGGAAGAGUGGGAGGAGAGGCAUUACUAUCUUGAGAGAGAAGCGCGGAUUUUCAGGAAUAAGGCAGCACUUGGGCUUGGGCUGCUAAAAUCAUGUCGCCAAAUUUAUCACGAAACGGUCAACUUCUUGUACUCCGAUAAUACCUUCAUUGUUUCCAGCGUCGGCUCAAGGUGUGACCGCGAAGAGAUUAAGCGGUGUCGAGUCACCGAUCGGAACGACUACUACCAAAUCAAGUAUGCUCCAAUGUGGCUCGCCUCGCUUGGCUCAGAUGAAGUUGAUGAGAAAGUUUGGAAUGGAGACCUGGUACGCUGUAGCAUUACCUUCGCCCGCUACUCUAGACUCACAAACAAAUGUUCCGGAAGCUCCCAUCCCAGCAAUGAGGAGGAGGAUAUCGACGAAAAUGCUGCCCGAUUGAACAAGGCGUUCGUCGCUCUCGAAAGAGAUGAAACGUUGGAUCUUCGCCGCCUUUCCAACUCAGAAUUGCUUCUCUCGUCCGUCAGCAUUUACAAUUACGGAGAAACUGGGCAGGUGCAGUACUACUCAGGACCGCGAAGCGUUUGCCGCUCCUUCACAGUCGAUCAAGCGUCCGGCGAGGUUAGAUGGGCCACCGCGGGGCCGGUCGGUCUACUUGAACUUCCUCGCAAAGCGCAAGGUAUGGUCUGUGCUUACGUGAUCACCGAGGAAGAAAGCCUUCGACUUUUCAGGGACUACGCCAGGAUACCCAAUUUUGACCGGAGCAUUUUCGAUGUUUCUAUGAGACUACGGCCGUCUUUGGUCAAAGCAGUAGGCGAAUAUAUGCCGGUAGUCAUUGAGCUUGCGACAAAGGAGAGAGUUGACGAUGACUGCGAUGCGCAUCCAUUGCGAAGAUUUGACCCCAGGAUCGAUCUCGGGGACGAUGAUAGCCUGGCGAGCAAAAUCGCCAAUGCGAGCCUCGGGGUGCACUCAGGACCUGCGAGACCGACAAUCUUGAUCCAAGUCGUACUUACCCGCCCCACCAACCCCACUCACAUUCACAUCAACAUCAAUCAAUUGGUCAAUUUCAUUCAAACCCCCUACGACAAGAUAUUGAAAGACGAUAUUCGUGUUGGGGUCGAAGUUCAGCAGACUGGGAACGAUAAUUCACGUUGCGAAACCAGUUACACUACAAUUGCGGAGCUUAAGAUGAAAAUGUUCUUGUACUUCACGGACGUUCUCGACCAACUUCCACGUAAUGGAACUCACGGACCAGCACGCCCGGAGUUGUGA